GCUUGGGAGCCUGGUGAGUCGCUGGGGGAAGCCGAGCAGACGCCAGGAUCAGCCAGGAGCAUCAGAAGGUGAUCGCGCAAGUCGGACCCGCGGAUCGCAGCCUGUAGAUCGCAGCCCGGGCCUGGAGGACAGCAGCAAGUGAAGGGGGCUCCUCUUCCUAAAGGAGGGGAUCAUGGCCUUCUUGUUGAUUACCCGACGGCUGGCCUGCAGGUCCCAGAAAAACCGUCACCUCUUCACACCUGGAUCCAGAUAUAUCAGCCAAGCCGCUGCCAAAGUUGACAUUGAAUUUGAUUAUGAUGGACCACUCAUGAAGACUGAAGUCCCGGGGCCUAGAUCUAAGGAGCUAAUGAAACAGCUGAACGCAAUCCAGAAUGCAGAGGCCGUGCACUUUUUCUGCAACUAUGAAGAGAGCCGAGGCAACUACCUAGUGGAUGUGGAUGGCAACCGCAUGUUGGACCUGUAUUCUCAGAUCUCCUCUGUGCCCAUAGGUUACAACCAUCCGGCUCUGGCGAAACUCAUUCAACAGCCUCAGAAUGCGAGCACUUUCAUCAACAGACCUGCCUUGGGCAUCCUGCCUCCAGAGAACUUUGUGAACAAGCUCCGGGAGUCCUUGAUGUCGGUGGCGCCCAGGGGCAUGUCCCAGCUCAUCACCAUGGCCUGUGGCUCCUGCUCCAACGAGAAUGCAUUCAAGACCAUCUUCAUGUGGUACCGGAGUAAGGAACGAGGGCAGAGAGGUUUCUCCAAAGAGGAGCUGGAGACGUGCAUGGUUAACCAGAGUCCUGGAUGCCCAGACUACAGCAUCCUCUCCUUCAUGGGUGCUUUCCACGGGAGGACCCUGGGUUGCUUAGCGACCACACACUCGAAAGCAAUUCACAAGAUUGACAUCCCUUCCUUUGACUGGCCCAUUGCUCCAUUCCCACGGCUGAAAUACCCCCUGGAGGAGUUCACGACGGACAACCAGCAAGAGGAGGCCCGCUGCCUAGAAGAGGUGGAGGAUCUAAUUGUGAAAUAUCGGAAAAAGAAGAGAACGGUGGCUGGAAUCAUCGUGGAGCCCAUCCAGUCCGAGGGUGGAGACAACCACGCGUCAGAUGACUUCUUCCGGAAGCUGAGAGACAUAGCCAGGAAGCAUGGCUGUGCCUUCUUGGUGGACGAGGUGCAGACUGGAGGAGGCUGUACGGGCAAGUUCUGGGCCCAUGAACACUGGGGCUUGGAUGACCCAGCCGAUGUGAUGACGUUCAGCAAGAAGAUGAUGACUGGGGGCUUCUUCCACAAGGAGGAGUUUCGGCCAAGUGCUCCUUACCGGAUCUUCAACACCUGGCUGGGGGACCCAUCCAAGAACUUGCUGCUGGCUGAGGUCAUCAACAUUAUCAAGCAGGAAGACCUGCUCAACAACGUGGCCCGUGCUGGGAAGACCUUAUUCACAGGGCUGCUGGACCUCCAGGCCCAGUACCCUCAGUUCAUCAGCAGGGUGAGGGGACGAGGCACCUUCUGUUCCUUUGACACUCCCAGUGAAGCCAUACGGAAUAAACUCAUCCUAAUUGCCAGGAACAAAGGUGUGGUAUUGGGAGGCUGCGGUGACAAAUCUAUCCGUUUCCGCCCCACGCUGGUCUUCAGGGAUCACCACGCCCAUCUGUUCCUCAACAUUUUCAGUGGCAUCUUAGCAGACUUCAAGUAACGAAGCCAUCUCCGUGACGCUCAGAGAAAGCCCUGUCUCAGCGGUGUCAACUUGAUUAGUUUGCCUAAUUCAUAUUUUCACUUCAAAGUUUAUCAGCGGCGAAUGCAUAAACUAAAGGGUCAUUUGUGGGGCAGGCUCAUUGGUUCGUGCUUGUGGAGGAGUGGGUGGGGAGGACCACUGUUUGAGGAUUGCCCCCUGCCGAGCUCAUGGUGACCAUUGGUUAAAGCCCAGAAGUUCUGUGUAAGCAUUGAACACUGUUUUAGGAAAGGUCAUGAGGCCAUAUUUCUGCCAACCCUGGACCAACCAGUCUCUUAGAAGCCACUCAAGGGUACAACACAUGCUCCGAGGUGGAUGGAGUCAGAGAUAAUGGCCUCCUCUUGUCCCUCACAAACAAGCUCUUGUCACUUCUUACCAAGUCCCUAGCUCCAUGCCCCUCUUAUGACUUACUGAGGGUCCGGAUGGCUGUCAGGAAGAUGACAGGUAGGGAGGUAAGGACUGUGUUUGGAGGCAUCUGGUAUCCUAAACACCAAGAUCCACUCAGCCCUGUGCCCUGACGAUGUCCCUGGCCUGUGAAUUCUGUCCUUGACUGACCCGAGCUCCUGGAAGAUCUCCAGUUGUGUCAGUGAUAGAUAAUUUAGUCAACAUUCCCAUCCCGGGUUAAUCUGGACUCAGAGGAAGGAAAUACCAUCCUGAGCAUCCAGGAGACUCAUGGGACCUGAAGGUGCCUCUGGAGCCUCCACUGAGGAACACGGACAACAGAGUCCUUCAUCCCAUCUCCAGGGCCUCUGACUUGUGACCCCUCGUCCUGGGAGCGCCACAGUCCAUCUUUCACCCACCCGCCUUCCAUCCAUUCCUGAGCAGGGCUGGUCGGUCCUAGAGGGCCACUGCUAGACUUCCUGUUAGGGGCAGUGUGCUCAUUAUAAAGGACACCACACCAGCUUACUGGUCCCUGAUGGUUUUCUUGGACCUCUCCUGGAUGGGGCUUUUUCUGGCAGCCGGAAGCCAAUGAUUAUGCAGGCUCCAGCAUCUCAGCCAAAGGCCAGAUGUUCUUAGAACUGACUUGACCUGAGAGGCUCCUGAGCAGACCCCCUAACCCUUCAGACAAGCAGUGUUUAUUGAAUGUGUAGACUUCAGGGGGCUUUUAUCCAGACCCCUCUUUGCAUCCUGGUGCCCUUGUUGACUGUCUGGGGAGAUGAAUAUACCAGGGUUUCCAAAUUCAGCCCUUUUUGUUUCCUUAAUGAUGAAUCACCCAAAGACCUGGCUUUCAUGCUUCCUUAGACAUAGCCCUCAACUUGCCUUGAAGAAGAAAGGCGCUGACAUGCUUAACACAAACAGCAGAUCCACAAAUACCAGUUCACAUCACAGCCCUGCAGUCCCCUUUGUAGCUGUGUUUAAGGUCAUUUCCAUCAGUGACGGGGUCUGCUCCCUCCCUCCCUCCCUGUAAGCUUUCACUCACCAGCGUGUUUAUUUCCACAUCCAUUAUUUAUUCACUCAUCAGACUGUCAUGAAAUAUUUGUGUUGUUCCAGGACCUGUGCAAAGCACAGGCACCAAGCAUGAAAUGAAAGUCCUUGCACCCGGGAACUCCCACUCUCUCGGGAACCACAGACCCCUAAUGUUGAAGUCAGAAUGGAAAGUGUGCCAGCAAGGAUUUCUGAACACUAAAUCCAGCGAGCCUUCACAGGGAAAGGAUGUUUGAGCAGAAUUCUUCAGAAUGAAUAGGAGUUAGCCAAGCAGAAAAGGCAAGAAGAGUGAAGCAAAAGCAGAGGCACACCUGCACAUAGUCUCCGCCCUUUCCCUGGGAAGCCGGACCCCACCCAGAAAUCCUAAGGUUCAAGGUUUUAUUUAACAAACCAGAAAAAUGCAGGCCAAGCCCUAAUUCAUCAUACUGGCUUAAGCAUGUUGCCUCCAGAGAACCACAGUAUCAUAUGCAGAUACUCCAGCAGGUCCUUAGAGUUCAAAGGGUUUAAAUCCAGGCCAUAAGCAGAAAUUGCUCUCUUUAGUGAAGGGAGCAGCCGACCUCUCAUUUUCUUGCCACAGGGCAUGUUGACAGAAGAAUGAAAUUCUUUGUAGAAAGCCCUCUCCAAAUGUACUGCCCACCCCUUGCCCGGAGACAGCUCUUCCCAUUUGAAACAAACAAACAAAAUUGAAGGCGUUUAUCCACAAGUUUUUGACUCCGGUACAGUGCGUUCCUGAGCCACCCUCUUUGGGAGUACAGGAGGUUAGCUGGAAGAAUUCCAAGGAAAAGAAUUUUCCACAAAACUCAAGAAUGUAGAGACUUCGAGAAGGUUGAUGAAAACCCAGGAAGCCUAGUGGGCAGGCUUCUGCCUAGGGCAGAACCCACAAACAAGGGCAUCUGUGCAGAACGUCUGGAUGAACACCCAUCAUGCAUUAGUGCAAUAGAGUUUAGUAAGCGUCACUAGCCAGUCUUGUCCGUUGUGCAGAAAGCAAGGCCUGGUAGUAGCAAACCUUAGCAUAUCUUCCCUUUUUAUUAUAAAUGGGUGGUUGUUUUUUUAUAAUUUUUACUGAUGCUCAGUAACCAUGCAAAACUGUGCACAUUCAUGUACUAAUAGAUCUGUACCUAUCUAUCUCUGUACACAUAUAUACAGCUCACUGUAGAAAACCACAGCUAGCGAGUGUCGCAGACUCACGCAAACCAAGUGAUCUUGUUUACAGUAACCGUCAACAGUGCCAAUAAGGGGUGAGGACACUAAUCCGUCACGGUGUAACUGGUGACCACGUGAACAGUUCCAUGAGUUAAAUGUUUCCUGUGUUAAUCAGUAUUCUUAAAUUAAAAGAAAAAUGUUUAUAAUGGAAA